AUGAGCGGACCUGAUAAUAUGAACAAUUAUGUUGGACCAUAUAACAUCGGUCAAUUGGAGGAUUUCGAUUCUAAUCAAAGAGCUAUUUAUUUACAAACCCAACAAGAUUUUCAUCCUUCUGCUGCUUCCCCUUUUUCUCUCCAUAGUAAUGUCGAUGUGAUAUCGACGAAUACUGUGCACGACGGAAAUAUUAGAAAUCGUACAACAUUAUAUCCCCCAGUCUCUCAUUACCAACCGGUUCGCGUUAACACCUUCACGAAUAGCUCUUGUCCAACGUGUGGCUCGUUCAAAGGUCCGACAGGCAAUCGAUCUAUUUCAUAUAUUCUUAUGCCAAUGCCCAGCUCUAACGUAAUAAAUGAGCACACAAGUCUCCAAUAUCUGGUUACAAAAGUGGAGAAAACUCAGUCAGUGAUGACAGCUGCUGACUUUGACAAAAUGUUAGCUGGAAGUCGAGUGUAA